AAUUUCUUCAUAAAAACAUGAAUAAAGCUAUAGCAUUAGUUGCUUCUUCAUUCUUGAUUUUGUUGUUGGCUUCUCCAACUGUUUUUGCAACAGAUUACACUGUUGGAGAUGCCUCCGGAUGGACCCUUGAAGUUGAUUACACCAAAUGGGCUACAGGGAAAGAAUUCAAAGUUGGUGAUACUCUAACAUUCAAGUAUUCCCCAAGCUUCCACCAACUGGACGAAGUGAGCGAAAUUGACUUCAAUAGCUGCAAUUCAAGCAAACCAAUCCAAAGUUACAAAGAUGGCAACACCAAGAUCACACUUUCGAAGGCAGGGCGCUUCUUCUUCCUGUGCCCAAUCGGUAAUCACUGCUCUCGUGCCAUGAAACUUGCAGUCACUGUUUGUAUUUGAAUGUGACAAGAUUUCGUUCGAGACGAAACAGAGUUAGAAUCUUGAUGAAUCGACUCUUACCUGUUCUGGUAUAUAUAUAUAUAUAAUAUAAAAGUUAAUACAGAAUAAAGUAUGACAGGGUAUAUAGUGCGAAUAUUUACCUAUAUUCAUUGUUGUCAUCCCUAGUUUCUAGUGAUGAUACCCAAUUUACUGGGGAUUUG